AAAAAGGUUCGUUUGCUUGAACUAGUAAUCAGCGGCAAUAUAAAUGUGAAGACUAAUCGUAUUUGUAAUAAUUAGUAACACUUUGUGACUCAGAGAAAAAAGUAUUACAAGAUGAAUUUGCAUGUCUGCUUUUGGUGCAAUGAAGUCUCAAGUGUUAUAAACAUUAGUGGCAGAGACGAAAUAAGUUUUCACAAAAGUAAAUAGUCUCAAGCAAGAUUCCGAAUGCUGAAAACCGUCGAAAAGAUCGCAAUCAAACUCGGUUUUAAACGUCCUCCGCAACCUCCACAACGUUUCAUACCUGUAGGACCAGCUUCCAGAAAACAAUUUCCAGUAGAAGGUUAUCCUUUAAAAAAGUUAUAUGGAACAAAUAAGGUGACAACAACGAAGUACACAUGGUAUGGAUUCUUUUUCCAAAAUCUCGGAGAGCAAGCUCAAAGAAUAGCGAACUUUUACUUCAUAAGUCUUGCAGUCAUCCAGCUUUUCACUGAUGCACCUGUUGCUCCAGUAACUUCUGUGAUUCCACUUGUUUUUGUACUUCUAGUGACUAUGAUCAAGCAGGGGUACGAAGACUUUUUAAGACUUAAAGCAGAUAGAGAGAUAAAUCAUAUUCCCAUUGAAAUUGUCACGGAAGGUGGUCACUUGGAGACCGUAAAAUCAAUGGAAUUGGAAGUUGGCAAUAUAGUACUAUGCAGAAACAAUACAUCUUUCCCUUGUGAUAUACUUUUACUUAGCUCCAGUGAACCAAGUGGAGAAUGCUUCGUAACUACUGCGAGUUUGGAUGGUGAAACAAAUCUAAAACAAUUUGUGGCUAUUGAGCAUACAAAUGUUUAUGAUACACCACUGUCACUUGCUACUGAAUUAAAGGCCUACAUAUGUUGCCAGCAGCCGGAAGAAGACCUGUACAGUUUUAGUGGACGCAUCUGUCUCAAGAACCCAAAUGACAACUUACCUACUAAUGAUUAUCCUUUGGGACCAAAGAACUUACUGCUGAGAGGAGCAUGCCUCCGAAAUACAGACUAUAUUUACGGCUGUGUUGUUUACACAGGCCGCGAUACAAAACUAGCCUUAAAUUCAAAGGGGAAAAAGACAAAGUUUUCACAAGUCGAAGGGAGACUCAAUUUUUACCUUGCUUUUAUACUAGCAUUUUUGGCUCUGUGUGUAAUAAUUUCAAUCACUUUGAGUUUAGUCCUAGGUCACCGUAAUACAUGGUACCUUCCACCAGAAAGGAGAAGUAUCUGGAGUGUCUGCCAAGAAUUCCUGGGAUUUAUUGUUUUAUACAACUACAUCAUUCCAAUUUCAUUAUAUGUGACGAUUGAAAUACAAAAGUUCAUUGGUUCUCUAUUUUUUGAAUGGGAUUUAAAUCUUUAUGAUGAGAGAAUAAACGAGAGAGCGAAGGCUAAUACAUCGGAUUUGAUUGAAGAAAUGGGACAGCGAUUGCACAACAUGACUUUAUCUAAUUUCUCUAAACAUGCACUUAUAAAUCACACUGGCGCAAUAAACGGUAAAAUUCAUUUUUGUUUAAACAAAGGUUAA